UUUUUUUUUUCUUUUGAUAAGGCUUUUGCUACUCUUACAUUAAUAAUGUUACAUGGAUAUUUUAAUAAAUACCUCUUUUUUUUUUAUUAAUUUAAUUGAGGCUUUAGGAGACUGCUAAAUCAAAAAAAAACAAGUACUAUCAUAUACAUUUUUUAUUUUUUAUUUUUUCAUUCUCCUUCUCCACUAUGAUUAAUAGUUGUAGCUUACCCUUAUAUUAUAUUCGUUUUUUAAAGCCACCACCAAAAGAAUGUCUAAUUGGUCAGCAUUUCACUAUUGUAUGGACGAUUGAAAGUGAUCUUGGUGAUCAAACAUAUUGGGAGACUGUACCUAUUACGAUCAGUUUACAAGGAAGUUCAAGACUUGGCUUACGUGAGCUUAAUGCUGAUCCCAAAAGUAACUUGAGAAAGAGGGCACUAAAACCUUAUUCUGAUGAUAAACAACAAAAGGUAACGCUUGCACGGGAUAUUCCUGUUACCUUUGAUCCAUUUCAAGGGGGUGGUAUUGUUACUAAACUGGUGAUAGAGCAACUACCGGGAGAACCUUUACCGAUAGGAGCUCAAGUCCAUGUUCAAUUGAAUAUGCUUUUAUCGCCCAUAGCUCGAGUAUCCCCCAAUACGGCUACUACAUGUCAUUCUGUCUGGCAGAAUACAUAUCAAUUUCAAUCUCAAAUCUGGUUAAUCCCCACCUGGUCAACACCUAUCUUGACUACCAUGGCAAAACAAAGACACGUUCAAAUAAAACAAAGCGGUGAUCAAGCAGAAAGAAUUUUAGCUGUCAAGAAGCAAAAGUUAAUACAUAUUCGUGAAGAUGCUGUUCAAAGUAUAGCUAGACAUAUUUGGGAUUGUGGACUGGGCAUGUGUCAAUUUUUAUCAGAAUAUAACAUGGAUUCUAAAUAUAACUCCAUUCUGGAAUUAGGUAGUGGAACCGGCUUAGUUGGCAUUUAUGCUGCAGAAUUAUUAAAACCUGAAUGUGUAUAUUUAACAGAUCUUUCAGAUGCACUGGAAAUUAUGAAACAAAAUGUAGCUUUAAUGGAUAAAAAUGAUACCAAUGUAAAAAUCUUUAUACAUGAAUUAGCAUGGGGUUCUGAAAAGCAAGAUAUAUACGGAGACGUUAAUCUAUUACUUUUAACUGAUGUACUUUAUAAUCAAUCAUCACAUGACUUGCUUAUUGCUACAUUAGAUUGGAUGUUAGACAAUCCUGAAUGUAAAGCAUUACUUUCAUAUAAAGAACGUAACCCUGAUGAAAGAGUUUUUUUUACUAAAAUUAAAGAAAAAGGAUGGAAAUGUGAGCGUGUAGACAAUUAUGAUCAUUUAAUUUGUGAAAUAUAUUGGAUAUAUAAAACCAAAUAAAACAAGAAAGUUUUUUUUGUCA